CCACCACCACCGACGACGUCAACGUCAACGACAGCAGCAUGGCUCGUGCACACCGUGUAGCGGCGAUCUCGACGUUUUGCUUGGUUCUCUAUCUCCUUGCAUACUUCCGAGUCGUCAGCGUCCCAUUCAUGGAGGAGAGAAUAGCGGAUGAGAUCCUGCCCGUCAUCCCAUGGUGGCUGUUGGUUUCAUUCGGGUCUUACUCUCUCUGGUCACUAGGCUGGGGGCUAUUCACCUUCAGAGACUGCCCUGAAGCGUAUACGGAGCUGUUGCGGGAGAUAGGCGAAGCCAAGAACGACUUGAGAACGCGUGGAGUAACAGUGGACUGAGUUGAUAAGCAAGCGAACUGCUGUAUUCUAUCGUUCAUCCAAGUAUCUUAGCCUUCUGAUAAUCUGAUUACUGCUUGCACCACCCAAUUGGGCCAUC